AAAGAAUUGUUUAUGUUGCUUUUCAAACACAACCACCGCGCGUACCUGAUUUUUGAUUGAGAUUUAAAGGAAAGCUUAUCUAGAGCUUCCUUUAUCGAUUGAUUUGUUCAAGUAGCUUCAUGAAUAAACGAAAAAGGAUCGAAGAAAUUGGCGAAUCCAAGCACCGUCAGGUUCGACAACGUAUUUUGCAAGAACGCAAGACGGAUAUCCUUGAAAAUCUUGCAUUUGAAUUAUCUGAUAAAAUUCGACGAUUGCGAUCUAAUGCAGGUUUGCUGGCAUCUACCAUCCGCAUGAGAGGAGAAAUGCGUGUAGCUUCUAUCCCUCGUGCUCAGCGGAAUAUGAAGCUUCGUGACUUUCAAUCCUUUUUAUCCUCCAAUACACCCGUCACUCCUUGGCGAACUCGUAUUCAAGAAUUCUACAAGCUUGAAGAAUUGUCAAACUCAAAACGGAGACAAAAUUCCUCGAAAUCAAGUCCUUCCAAGACACCUACUCCUUUGCGAAUGACCAAGGAAAAGACGUCUACGCAAGGAUCGUAACCGGUUCAAACAAUCAUAUUUCAUUGUCUCUUGUCCCUGUUCACAUUUCAUGCAAUCUUGCUUAUUUUAUGACAUCUAUCUUACUAAAUGCAAAAAGUCCGUACACUUUUCAAAUGUUCCCUUUAUGCCGGAUCGCACUUAUUCUUCCUCUGCGACUUGAACAAUUUUUCGCAUACGAUUCAUCGUUUCUCGGAAUAAGGGCCGGAUCUCGUUGAUUUCCAUAGCACCCAAGUUAUCCAGGGCAAGCUGAACUUCGUUUACCGCUUCCAAACCUGCCCUUGCCUUGCUCUGUCUCGCUUCUCGGAUGGUCAAAAGGAUCCUUCGAACUUCCUCCACGUCUUCAAUAUCAUCGGGACAAGCAUUCAAGAGUAGAUGAGCAGUUUCCAACCACCGAAACGGCAUUUUAGAAAACAUAUCCAUUUCCAUUUCUUGUUCUUGUAAGCUUUGUAAGUUUGAAAGGUCAAGCCACUCUGGAGGCACUAUUCUGGCGCGAUGUUGUCUUUUUAAUUCCAAGGCUAGCCAUAAUGGAACUCUGCACUUUCUUGGCGGCUUCAUAAUGGGUAUAGUUGCGCUUACUAAAGGUAAUUGAUCCAUAGUCUCUAAAGGAACAAUAUCAAUGUAUUCAUUUCCUGCUAAAAACUCUAUCUCUUCAGGCGAAAACGUCGCCUCCAACUCCCUGGGUAAGGCC